CUCCUAUAGAUGGCGAAACGGAAGCGCAGCAAGACGGCGGCGGCGGCGGCACCGACCGCUGCAUUACCUGCUGAGAAGAAGUCCAAGAAAGCAGAACAAUCUGUUGCUGGGAAGAAAUCCGUAAAGGGAGGCGACGGUGUUGUGGAGAAAAAGGCCCAGACGGCAGAUAAAGCUGCGACUGCAAAAAUGUCGGUGGACGUGGACGAGAACGACGACAACAUUGAGAUGGAACUUGACGAACUCGUCGCCGCGGGCGGGGCAUUGGCGCAAUUAGGUGCGCAUGACGCAGCUGCUGAACUCUUCGCCAAGGCGCUAGCUAUGUCCCCUGAAAACGUCGACAUCAUGCGUUCCCUGGCGAAGGCAUUCGUGGAAUCCGACCAGUCGAAGGAAGCAUUGAGCCAAUACCGCGAGAUCGUCCGGCUCGCGCCCCAGCACGUUGCAUCAUGGUUCGAUCUGGGCACUCUUCUGGUAGAAGCAAACGAUGUCGAUGGCGCCAUCGAAGCAUUGAAGCGCGUGAUCUCACUCGAGGAUGGUCAUACAGCCGCAUUCGCAUCUCUCGCGUCAUGUUAUGGGGAGAAGGGCGACAUCGAUGCCGCUAUUGCUUUGUUUGAAGGCGCCGUGCAGAAACACCCGACUAUGGCGAAAUUCCACUGCAACUUGGCCACGAUGCUGGCAGCGCGGGGGCAGAAGAAGGACAUGGAGCGGGCCGUGGACGUAUAUGGCACGGCCGCCAGACUGGACCCUGACACCCGCGCCGAGGUGCUGGAGGAUCUGGCCGAACUGCACGAUGCCAUGGGCGACGCUGCCAAGGCAAAGGCCGUUCGGGAGUCGAUUAGUUGAGAGGAAUCGUAAAGUGUUUGUUUCCAA